AUGAGCGUGAUUAAGUCGAUAUUUCUCCUAAGCCUUUUGGCUAUCUCAUUUCUACCUCAGGAAACUGAGGCCCAGGCCACAUAUAAGGCUGAGUGGAGCAAGUUGGCCAAGUGCGGCCAGGUAGGAAUCGAGGCGAUGUCGAGUCUGGCGAUCAAAGUCAUUCCCACCAUCUAUCAAGUGAAAAAAUGCUCUGGAUUUGUUACCAUAGACGCUCCCAAGGGCAGAACGAGGAUAACCUGGUAUUUAAGAAACAUUUACGAGUUUGGCAGGACAUUGGUUAUCGGCCAGCCCAGGUGCCUCGAGAGACUUCUAAGACAGAUCGGUCUCUUUGUUCAACCUUAUUCCGAUCAGGUCUCCGAAUUGGGUUGCUUGGAUGAGGAUGAUUAUAUUAUUUAAAUAAUGUAUUUAAUAUACUUGGAAAAACUGCAAUAAAUCAUGAGAAUAAUUUGGUCUCCAAAUCAAAAAAAAAGAU